AUGCAGUCGGAAUUAAAAGAUCAACCUAAAAUAGUCAUUGUGGGAUCAUGCAGCGUUGACUUCACCGUAUAUUCAUCGAGACUUCCUCAUCCAGGUGAAACCAUUCACGGCACAAAAUUUUCAACCAGCUAUGGAGGCAAAGGAGCUAAUCAAUGUGUCGCUGCAGCAAAGUUAGGCGGGCACACAUACAUGAUUAGUAGAGUCGGUGACGAUGUAUGGGGAAAACAAUACAAGGAUUAUUUAAAAAAUAUUGGUGUAGACGUAACAUAUACAAAGGUGACACAAGACGUUACAACAGGAAUAGCCCAAAUUUCUGUAGCCGAAAAUGGUGAAAAUCAAAUUGUCAUUGUUCCUGGAGCUAACAGUCGUUUAUCUAAAUCUGAUGUAGAUGAAGCUAAACAAUUGAUUGAAACUGCAGAUAUACUUAUUGGGCAGCUGGAAACUCCUUUUGAGACCACCCUUGAAGCUUUCAAACUUAAUAACGGUAUUAAAUUGCUAAACGCUGCACCGGCUAGGACUGAUAUCCAAAAUAUUUUACCUCAUUGUACUAUUUUAUGUGUCAAUGAACAUGAAGCUUCCUUACUGGUAAAUUUUAAUGUAGAUUUAUCAAAUAUAAAAACUGCAUUAAAUAAACUGUUAGAAAGUGGAUGUGAAAUAGUAAUAAUUACUUUGGGAAAUAAAGGGGCUGCUUACGCGUCGAAAAACUCAAAGGAAUGUAUUCAAGUGGCAUGUAAUAAAGUUACACCUAUAGAUACGACCGGUGCUGGCGAUGCUUUCGUUGGGGCAUUGGCAAAAUACCUUGUUUUUAAUAAAGAUCAGCCAUUUCACCAAAUAGUAAGCGCUGCUUGUGAAGUAGCCAGUAUAUCUGUGACAAAGGAAGGCACUCAAACAAGUUACCCUCAAGAACACUGUGCAUUUACCAAAACUUAUCCAUACUUUGUUCUC